GGGGCGGGGGCGGGGCAGCUCCUGAUUGGGCGGCUCGAGCUCCGUCCCGUCGGGCACCGCAGCUAUAAAGCAGCAAUUCGCGGGCCGGCAGUGCCGGGUGUCCUGCUGUUUCCACACCUGCGGGCUUCCUCCUCCUCCUCCUCCUCCUCUCUACCCCCAACGCAGCCGAGAAUGCCGAAGGGAGGCACCCCCGACGGAGGCUUCCAGCCGCCCUUCCCGCAUUUCGCCACUCAGGCCAUCCACGCGGCGCAGGAGCCGGAGCAGUGGAGCGGCCAGCCGGUGGUGGCGCCCAUCUCGCUGUCCACCACCUUCAAGCAGACGGCUCCGGGCUGCCACGCGGGCUUCGAAUACAGCCGCUCGGGAAACCCCACGCGGAAUUGCCUGGAGAAGGCGGUGGCCACCCUGGACGGCGCGAAAUACUGUCUGGCCUUCGCUUCGGGCUUGGCAGCCACCCUGAACAUCACCCACCUCCUGAAGGCCGGGGACCACAUCGUCUGCAUGAACGACGUGUAUGGAGGGACGAACAGGUACUUCCGACGUGUGGCAACUGAACUGGGUUUGAAGAUUUCUUUUGUUGACUGUUCCAAACUCGAGUUGCUCAAUGCGGCGAUCACACCAGAAACCAAGCUUGUUUGGAUCGAAACUCCCACAAACCCCGGCUUGAAGGUCAUCGACAUCAAAGGCUGCGCCCAAGUGGUCCACAAGCACGGCGACGUCAUCCUAGUCGUCGACAACACGUUCAUGUCAGCCUAUUUCCAGCGUCCUUUGGCUCUGGGAGCCGACAUCUGUAUGUACUCCGCGACCAAGUACAUGAACGGUAUGGAUUCCUCCCCUCCGAGCCUUGCCCUUCCAGGAGCGCCAGCCCUUUCCUUCCCCUCCCGCCCCCUCCCUUUCCUUGCGUCGGUCCCUUCCCUCGGUUCUUCCCUUGCCUCGAUUCUUUCCGUCGGUCCCUUCCCUUGGUCCUUCCCUUCCCUCAGUCCUUUCCCUCAAUCCUUUCCCACUGUUCCUUGCCUCAGACCCAUCCCUUCCCUUGGUCCCUUCCCUCUGUUCCUUCCCUCAGUCCUUCCCUUCCCUUGGUCCCUUCCCUCUGUUCCUUCCCUGCAUCCUUUCCCUCAGACUUUCCCUUCCCACUGUCCCUUUCCUAAGUCUUUCCCUUCCCUCAGUCCUUCCCUUCCCUUGAGUCCUUGCGUCGGUCCCUUCCCUCGGUUCUUCCCUUGCCUCGAUUCCUUCCGUCGGUCCCUUUCCUUGGUCCUUCCCUUCCCUCAGUCCCUUCCCUCAAUCCCUUCCCACUGUUCCUUGCCUCAGACCCAUCCCUUCCCUUGGUCCCUUCCCUCUGUUCCUUCCCUCAGUCCUUUCCCUUGGUCCUUCCCUUCCCUUCCUCCCUCGCUCCCCUCCUUUGUGUUCAUUCUGUUUCUUGGUCUUGCAGCACUAGGGGCUGUUCCCUCUCCUUUCGACUGUUAUCUCUGCCUUCGUGGUCUCAAAACCCUGCCCAUCCGAAUGAAGCAGCAUUUUGAAAAUGGCCUGGCUGUGGCCAAGUUCCUGGAAGCACAUCCUCAGGUGGAGAAGGUCCUGUAUCCUGGUCUGCCCUCUCAUCCUCAGUAUGAGCUGGUGAAGCGACAGUGCACAGGCUGCCCAGGAAUGGUCACCUUUUAUAUCAAGGGGGAGCUCAGGCAUGCUGAAGCCUUCCUCAAGAGCCUGAAGAUCUUCACGCUGGCUGAGAGCCUCGGAGGAUAUGAGAGUCUCGCCGAGUUGCCGGCCAUCAUGACGCACGCCUCGGUGCCCAAGGAGGACCGGCAGCUGCUGGGCAUCAGCGACACUCUCAUCCGGCUCUCCGUCGGCUUGGAGGACGCCGAGGACCUGCUCAAGGACAUCAGUCAGGCCCUGAAGGCCGCCCACGCGUGAUCGGGGGCUCCGAGCGAGGGCCGGCACGCUGGGACGCACCGGAGAUGGGUAACUGCCAGGAGCCACUGACAAGCUUCCUGGAGAGGCGCCUCCUCCCCUUUGAUAUGCUCGGCUGUCGGGGUGGCCCGGACGUCAAGACUCGGCUCUGGGUGCGAAUUCAGGGUCUGCUGUGGCGAUGCGUUUCCCUUUCUUGUUCUUGUCAAAGGAGGAAGGUGCACGGGCUGCUGUUUGGCCUCUUCCGUCCUCUAGAAAAUGCCUUUUUACGGGGUUUGCACUCUGACGGUGCCUCGCUGUCCGGCCCCAGGGAAUGCUGCACCGUUUGGACCCAGAGCGGCCCAGGGCGCCCGCCGAGCGUGGGGGGAGGCCCGGAUCUGUACCUGAAGCCACUGUGGGACCCUCCUCGCUGUAAACAGUGAUUAAAAAUCCCCUGUUCACGCGC